AUGCACAGCAGUGACCGAGGGGAUUCCUGUGCCCCUGGGCAGGAGUCCAGACUCUGGGUGGCCAUCAAAAGGGUGCCAGGGAACCGCGUCCAGCACUGGGGCAAGCUGCCCGAUGGCACCAGCGCACCCCUGGAGAUUCUGCUGCUGGACAAAGUCUCCUCUGGCUGUGCUGGUGUCAUUCAGCUCCUGGAGUGGCUUCAUCUCCCCGACAGCUUUGUGCUGGUGCUGGAGCAUCCGGAGCAUUGCCAGGACCUGUCGGGUUUCCUGGCAGACUAGGGGUUUCUGCCAGAGGAGGCGUGGGGGCUGUUCCGCCAGGUGCUGGAGGCUGUGCGGCGCUGCACCAGCUGCGGGGUCCUUCACAGGGACAUCAAACCAGGGAACAUCCUGCUUGACCUGGGCACCAGGCAGCUGACACUGAUCGACUAUGGCUGUGGCACUUUCCUCCAAGACACAGCCUACACCCAGUUUGCAGGAACCCUAUCCUACAGACCACCAGAGUGGAUCCACCACCAACGUUACCACGGCAAGGCAGCGACGAUCUGGUCCCUGGGCCUCCUGCUGCACCACCUGGUCAUGGGGAAGUGUGAGUGCCAGGAUGUCAUUAAGAGGUGUUUGUCCAUGCAGCCCUUGGAUGGGCCAUCCUUAGAAGAGCUUUUCUGUGAUCCUUGGGUUCAGGGUGUUCCUCUGCCCUAG